AACUUCUUUACCUGUAAAUAAAUUAUGCCACUCAUCACCACGUCUAUGAAUAUCGAUCUGUCCUUGAAAAAGGCGCGUAUUAUCCCAGAUGUGAUUCGAGAGGAAUUUGUACCUAGCACAUUGUUGGAGAUUAAUUAUCCAAAUGGUAAGGAUGUUGCACUGGGGAACACGCUUUCAGUCCAAGACACAGCCGAACCACCCAGGGUGAACUUUGUUCCACCCGAAGAAGAUGCCCAAUACACACUUGUGAUGGCUGAUCCAGAUGCUCCAUCUGCUGUUGACCCAUCACUCGGUCCUUGGCGUCAUUGGGUAGUAACGAACAUCAAGGGAUCGGACCCAUCGAAUAUAAAGGCUAGUUCAGAGCAUACGCCAUACAUGGGACCAGCCCCACCUGCGGGAACUGGCGACCACCGCUAUGUGUUUCUUUUGUACAAGCAGCCUAGAACAAACCAAGAGUUUGCCGCCAUGUCGCCUGAGAAGACGAGUGUACGACGCAACUUUGAUGUCAAUGAGUUUGCCACAAAGAAUGACCUUGAAUUGAUCAGCGUCAAUUACUUUUUAUCCUCAGUCAAUUGAUGUCAAUAACAAGAAUCUAUCAAUUUAAUCCAAUUCAAUAAAAAGUUUCUGUAAAUUAGACAGAUAUGUAGAAUUAUCAAGCC